AUGGCGGGCAAAAUCAAACGCCAACCGGUGAUUAAACGCGGCAACCGAGGCACGCUCGGUGUAUUGGGUAAAACGCACCGCUCGAAAUCGCGAACGCCCGCGAAGAGAAUCAAUCCGCACGACCGGAAUAUGGAUUAUAAAAAACGGGAACAAUUGAACGCGUCGAUCGCGAAGUUGGAAAAAGAAGAGCUUUCGAAUUGGACGGACGCGAAGACGCCUUUGGAAGUGAAAGGAAAGAAGAAAGAGCUGAAACGAUUGCGAGCGAAGAUGAGCUUGAAAAUGAACAAGAAGAAUUAA